AUGCAGCGCGCGUUGACCAGAGCCUCCGUCGGCAAGGCGGCCACUCGCCUUCCUUCCCAGCAGCUCCGCUUUGCUCACAAGGAGCUCAAGUUCGGUGUUGAGGGCCGUGCCGCUCUCCUCGCCGGUGUCGAGACCCUCGCCAGGGCCGUCGCCACCACCCUCGGUCCCAAGGGUCGCAACGUCCUCAUCGAGUCCAGCUUCGGCUCCCCCAAGAUCACCAAGGAUGGUGUCACCGUCGCCAAGUCCAUCACCCUGAAGGACAAGUUCGAGAACCUCGGUGCCCGCCUCAUCCAGGAGGUCGCCGGCAAGACCAACGAGGUCGCCGGUGACGGUACCACCUCCGCUACCGUCCUCGCCCGCGCCAUCUUCUCCGAGACCGUCAAGAACGUUGCUGCCGGCUGCAACCCCAUGGAUCUCCGUCGCGGUAUCCAGGCUGCCGUCGAGGCCGUCGUCGAGUACCUCCAGGCCAACAAGCGCGAUGUCACCACCUCCGAGGAGGUUGCCCAGGUCGCCACCAUCUCUGCCAACGGCGAUAAGCACAUUGGUGAGCUGAUUGCCUCCGCCAUGGAGAAGGUCGGCAAGGAGGGUGUCAUCACCUGCAAGGAAGGCAAGACUCUCUACGACGAGCUCGAGGUUACCGAGGGUAUGCGCUUCGACCGCGGUUUCGUCUCCCCCUACUUCAUCACCGACGCCAAGUCUCAGAAGGUCGAGUUUGAGAAGCCCCUGAUCCUCCUCUCCGAGAAGAAGAUCUCCCAGGCCUCCGACAUUAUCCCCGCCCUCGAGAUCUCCAGCCAGACCCGCCGCCCCCUCAUCAUCAUUGCCGAGGACAUUGACGGUGAGGCUCUUGCCGUCUGCAUUCUCAACAAGCUCCGUGGCCAGCUCCAGGUCGCCGCCGUCAAGGCCCCCGGCUUCGGUGACAACCGCAAGUCCAUCCUCGGCGAUCUUGCCGUCCUGACCAACGGUACCGUCUUCACUGAGGAGCUCGACGUCAAGCUCGAGAAGGCCACCCCCGACAUGCUCGGCUCUACCGGCUCCAUCACCAUCACCAAGGAGGACACCAUCAUCCUCAACGGUGAUGGCUCCAAGGACGCCAUUGCCCAGCGCUGCGAGCAGAUCCGCGGCGUCAUGGCCGACCCUUCCACCUCCGAGUACGAGAAGGAGAAGCUCCAGGAGCGUCUCGCCAAGCUCUCUGGCGGUGUUGCCGUCAUCAAGGUCGGUGGCUCCUCCGAGGUCGAGGUCGGUGAGAAGAAGGACCGCUUCGUCGACGCUCUCAACGCCACCCGCGCUGCCGUUGAGGAGGGUAUCCUCCCCGGUGGUGGUACUGCCCUCAUCAAGGCUUCCGUCCACGCCCUCAAGAACGUCAAGCCCGCCAACUUCGACCAGCAGCUCGGUGUCACCAUUGUCCGCAACGCCAUUACCCGCCCCGCCAAGACCAUCAUUGAGAACGCCGGUCUCGAGGGCUCCGUCGUUGUCGGCAAGCUCACUGACGAGUUCGCCAACGACUUCAACAAGGGCUUCGACUCCGCCAAGGGCGAGUACGUCGACAUGAUCCAGGCCGGUAUCCUUGACCCCCUCAAGGUCGUCCGCACUGGUCUCGUUGAUGCCUCCGGUGUCGCCUCGCUCCUCGGUACCACCGAGGUCGCCAUUGUUGAGGCUGAUGCCGAGAAGGGCCCUGCUGCCAUGGGUGGCAUGGGUGGCAUGGGCGGCAUGGGUGGUAUGAUGUAA